GAGUUGUGUAAACGUCAUUUCCGGUUGUUGGUUGAAUGGCGCAGAGGGAAUAGCAACCAAAAAAAAUCCAGAAUGUCCAAAAGGAAAGUCACUUUUCAAGAUGGUGAUGAGGAGAUUAGUUUGGAUGACGAGGUACCGACAAAGAAGACGUACGAUGAGGUGAGUGGACCCGGCUCGAGGUUUAAGGAGAAACACUCUCUGGACAGUGACGAGGAAGACGAGGGAGAGGAUGGAGAGAAGAACAGCAAGUACAACAUCCUGGCCAGCGACGAUAUCGAAGGUCAGGAAAUGGCCACGAUCGACUGUGACGAAGGAGUUCCCAUCACGCCCUUCAACCUGAAAGAGGAAAUGGAGGAGGGCCACUUCGACUCGGAGGGAAACUACUUCAUCAACAAAGAGAAAGACAUCAGAGACAACUGGCUGGACAACAUCGACUGGGUAAAAAUCAAAGAGCAGCCGGUGAAAAAGAAAAAGAAGGGCCUCUCGGCUAAGCGUCGUCGCCGAGUCGGAGACGAGGACGAGGCUGAGGAGGAGAGACAACGGGAGGAGAAGCAGGACGAGGACGAAGACGAGGAAGAGGAGGAGAGCGAGGCUCAGGAAGACCCGCUGGCCUCGUACACGCCGUAUCAGCUCACCGAGGCCGUGGUGAACCUGCUGCAGCCCGGAGAGACCGUCUCGGCCGCGCUCCGCCGACUCGGAGGACUGGGAGGACGGAAGAGAAAGGGACGAGCGCGGGACGGAGGGGAGGAGGAGAAAGACGAGGCAUCGAUCAGAGACACGGAGAAGCUGGACAGGCUCACGGCGCUGGCUGACAGACUGGUGGUGCUCGGGGAAUACGAGAUUUAUCAGCGGACGUACGAGAAACUGGCGUACAGACUGAAAGGGAAGCAGCAGAGAGGCGCAGCCGGAAAAGAGGAGGAGGAGGACGAGCUCGACAUGUUCGCCGAUCAGUUUGACGAGCGGCACGGCCAGAAGACAGACGAGAAGACGAAUAAGGACGAGGAAGAGGAUAGUGGUUUAGUCACUGACGAGGUGAUGUGGGAGUACAAAUGGGAAAACAAGGAGAACUCCGAACUCUACGGACCCUUCAGCAGCCAGCAGAUGCAGGAAUACACCUGUUCUGAAAGGCCCCUGAGUCUGAAACACCACUAAGCAAGCAACACGAAGACCAAGGAGCUCUCCAAUCAAGUCUGAGACAAAGUUUAGGAUAAGUAUAGAUCAGGGUUGGGUUAGAAAAUAAACAAACAAACAAAUAAAUAAAUAAAAUCCCAAACUUUGAACAUCCCACAGAGCACCGUUAAAUCCAUUAUAACAAAAUGGAAAGAAUAUGGCACCACUACAAAGCUGAUGAGAGAAGGCCACACACCAAAGCUCUCAGACCAGGUAAGGAGGGCAUUAAUCAGAUCUUCAGCAAAGACACCAACGUACCUGCAGAGAUCCACAGCAGAGAUGGGAGUAUCUGUGCGUCGGACCACUUUAAGCCAUGCACUUUAUGGAAGAGUGGCCAGAAAAAAAACCCAUUGCGUAAUAUAAAUAAAUAAAUAAAUAAGAAAAACGCAUUUUCUCAAACACUUGGAAGAAUGUUCUUUAGUCAGAUGAGAGUAAAAUUGAACUGUUUGGCCAUCAUGAGAAACUCUAUGUGAACACCCUUCCCACAGUGAAGCAUGGUGGUGGCAGCAUCAUGCUGUGGGGAUGCUUUUCACCGGCGGGGACUGGAAAACUGGUCAGGGUUGAAGGAAAGACGGACGGCGCUAAUCUCGCGCACACAAGAUUUCUGUUGUGUUUUUUUGUCUUAAUUAUUGUUUGUGUCGCAAUUAAAAAUAGUUUGCCCUUUCAAAGUGGUAGGCUUGUUGUGUAAAUGACAUAAAUGUAAACAACAUGGUAAAAAUGGGAUGAUGGUUAAGUGUCAGUGUAGAGGAUUUAUUAGUGUAAAAGAUGUUCAGGAGUAAUACUUCACACACUACUGUUUUUUUUCGUCUGAUUUCCGGUUUCUGUCUGCAGUAAAUUAGUAAACACCCAGAAGAUACCUCGCGCAGGCUUUUAUUUAUAGGCCGUCAUUUAUUUUAGGUCACACGUUCCUCAGGGUUUUGAUAAUGAAUGUAAAGUCUGCUUCAUUAUUAUUUAUUUUCAUGUUUUU